AUGCAACGAGCGGGUCUGGCCGGGCUGGGCUCCGUGGCCGUGCUCUGGCUGCUGGCGUUGGCUUCCCUGGUGGGGUUGUGGAGCGUACGGAUCGAGGAGCCGGGAAGCAUCGGACCCCGAUUCCCGCAGGAGGCACCCGAAUCCGGGCGUGGAGGCGCCGAGGCAGCGCCGGCAGCUACAAGUCAUCGCCGCCGCCGCCCUUCAAGUCAAGCCGCCCAGAAAACUUUCCGAGCGCUGCUCACGCUGCCGAAGCAGCCCACGGAGCCCCAGGAGGGGCCGGACGAAAGCGGGCAGGAGCCGGAGCCGCCGCCGCCGCCGCCGCCUCCUUCGGCUCAUCCUCGCCGGGAGAAGCCAGGCGCGAGGGGCGCGGCAGAGCCGCUUCCCCCGUCGCCCGUGCGCGGCGGGAUCUUCUGGAGCAGGGCUCUGGAGGCGCAGGUGCCGCCGGGCUUCUCCGCCGAGGAGACGGCCUCGUGGCUGCGGGCGGCCCGGGAGGCGCGCGUCGUGUCGCUGGAGCGAGGCGGCUGCGGCCGCAGCUCCAACCGGCUGGCUCGACUGUCGGACGGGAGCCGCGCCUGCGUGCGCUACGGCAUCAACCCAGAGCAGAUCCAGGGCGAGGCACUCUCCUACCAUCUGGCCGGACUGCUGGGCAUGCAAGAGCGCCUGCCGCCGCUGGCGCUCUCCCGGGUGGACGCCCGCGGCGGGCAGUGGGCGCAAGUGCGCGACGAGCUGCGCGGCUCGCAUUGGGCCGAGGGCGCCGUGGUGAGCCUCGCGCAGUGGGUGGACAACCUGACCGACGUGGUGGCUCCCGCCCCCUGGCGGGCCGAGGCGGGGGCAGGGGCGGCAGCGGGGGGCAGGAGGCUGCAGCCUCUAGUGGCGGGGGAGCUGCGGGGCCUUGGCUCGGCCCAGCUGGUGGAGCUGGUGCAGUGGAGUGACUUGAUCCUCUUUGACUACUUGACCGCCAACUUCGACCGGCUGGUCAGCAACCUGUUCAGCCUGCAGUGGGACCCUCGCGUGAUGCACCGGGCCACCAGCAACCUGCACCGGGGCCCCAAUGGGGGGCUGAUCUUCCUCGACAACGAGGCCGGCCUGGUGCACGGCUACCGGCUGCUGGCCAUGUGGGACAAGUACAACGAGCCCUUGCUGCGCUCCGUCUGCGUCUUCCGCGAGGCCACCGCCCAGAGGGUGCGGGACUUGCACCGCCUGCGCAACGCUGCCUCCGAGCUGCUCAGGCUGUACCGGACUCGGGAGCCGCUGGCCGAGCUCCUCGGCUUCCUCUCCGACCAGCAAGCCCAGCUGCUCCAAGAGCGCAUCGACUUCGUCCACAAGCACAUUUUGCACUGCAAAGCCAAGGCCGCUGCCCUGUGAACUGCUUUGCCCUGCUGAACUGGUUGGAUUUACCAGGCUUGAUGAGUGUAGGAAAGGGGCUGAGGAGGACAAGGAGGCCUUCCCCUGACACACACACAAUUGAAGUCCCUGUGGCUCCAGAUACCUGAAAGGAAGGAAGGGUGGAGCCCAGUGGGAGGUGGUCAGCAUGUACCUCUAGUCACAGAAUAUUACUGGAAAAUCUCUCAUAGGAAUUCAUGUGACAAGCCCAGCUAAAAAUGAACAUUAUUUAGAGUCUUUUUUCAGGGCUGGAGAGGGGGCAGCCAGUAAACUAACCACUUUAUGGUUCCCAGACAAUUUACUACUGGGAUCCAUCAGCAGAAUGUGAUCUUCCUUUGUUUGACAGUCACAGUUUCCAGUUCCAGAAGUGAACUGGCUAAGUCUUCAGCAACCAGUGCUGCCAACUUCAAACCCUAUCCAGAAAUGAGAGCUGAGUAGGUUUCGAUAUCUGGGGGUGGGGGGGACGCUUUAACAUCACAUCAUUAUCCCUUUCUAAGUAGUCAGUGUAGUCCUGGCCGCUGUUGCACUGGCUCUGUACUAUUGUCUGUUAUAAGACUAGGUCAGAAAACAUCCUUCAGUUGCACAGUUCCAUUAUCUGAAAUAAUUUGUUAAAGUUUAAAAUUGUUUGGAGGACCCGGUGAAUGGGUUUGGGAGUAUCUGAUGCUGAGCUGCAGCACUGCUGAAGCUAAAUGGAUGAGUCGUCCCUUGGAUGGCAGACCACUGGGAACCCCUGUAAGAUCAAGGCAUAAUGAUAAUAAAUACGUAUUUUAAGUGCUAUAUAUCUCACUGUAUUAGUUUCACACUGGGUUUAUCUGUCCAGCGUGUCUUCUCCCUUAAUGGCUCUUAAGAGCUUCCCUUAAUAAUUCACUUUGUAAAAAUAUCCUGUACAUAUUGUCAUAGUUGGAUGGGACCAGCUACCUUUUCCUUCCAGUGGGGACCAGUAGGCAGGAACAAGUUUCUGUGCCACACUUUUUCUUGAUAUUUUUAAUCCAGUAAUUGAUAUCUGGGACUGGCCUGUUUAUGGAAAUGCUUUUUCUUGUGAAACUCCUUGGCCAGGAUGGGCAUAGACAAUGUCAAAAGUUAAUAAGAGAGGGGCAGAAAAAGUCACUAUUCCAGUAGCUCUUAACCUUAACCAGUAAAAAGCAUUUGGGAAAGCUCAUUGGUUUCUCUAUGUGUCUGUUUUAUAUGUAACCACUACUGUACAGUAAGAUAAUUGACUAAUGGGGUGACAAAGGAGAAAAGAUUCCCAGGUUUAUAGUAUUGUCAGUGUAGUAAAAUUUUGAUGCAUUAAUCUGGAGGAAAAGAAUCAGUUUCAUGCACUUUACUUUGACUUUUCUUAUUUUUUUAUAAAAAGACCUUUUUAUUUUAAAAAAGUCUGCAUUUUAGGUACAUGAUGUAUGUUCUUAAGCUCUUCUGUAACAUACUAAAGAAAUUGAUAUUUCA